GCGGGUAGCAUUCAGACUAUUUUUUAGGGCUACUUGGGCCUAUCUUGAAGAAUUGAUAUCCGGACUGAGGCGAUGAAUACCACUUGAACGUGAUUUUCCCUCCACUGAUAUUGGAGUGAGCCACCAGCUGUCAAUACAAGCUGCCGUCGGCUGUCCCCCGCCGCUCUCCGCCACCAGACGGCAGCAUGAGCGCCGGCACGUGCACCUUCUGCGCCAAUGGCGCCAAGUACGUGUGCCCACGCUGCGGCGUGCCGUACUGCUCGCUGCCCUGCUACCGGUCCAGCCGCCACGAGCGAUGCUCGGAGGGCUUCUACCGCGAGUGCGUGAUGGACUCGCUGCGUCGGGAGCAACCGGACCCGGCCGUGCGUCGGCGCAUGGAGGAGACGCUCGCGCGCGAGGCGCGUCUGCAGGCCGACGACGAGCCGGCCGACUCGGACGACAGCGACUCGGAGGACGAGCUCUCGGAGCGGAUGCGCGGCGUCGACCUGGACGACGCGGAGGCCGUGUGGAGUCGGCUGACGCCGGCCGAGCGCGACGAGUUCCGGCGCCAGCCGCCCUCGCCGCUCGUCAUCAACUCAGUCAUCAACGCGCUGUACGCGUACGCGUACCUGCGCCUGCUGUACGACGGCGAUUGGUCGGCGUCGACGCUGGAGGCUAGCGACGGCCUCUGCCUUCUGAGCGGGUGCCUUUCGCGCGGCGAGGUCAUGGACAGCGGCCGCGCCGCCGUCCAGGCGGUCGACUUCCACCAGCUGCUGGCCGGGCCGGGCGCCGACGACGCCAGCUGGUACGUGCUGGCCGCGCUCUCC